CUGGGGCCCAGCCUCUACGGGGUCUACGGACGCACGGCGGGGUCAGGGCCUCGAACUUCUUUAAUGGAUUCUUCUCAAGCCAUUAAGGACUCCGGCAUAGUUUGGACAGACAUUACACUAAUGCGGUACCUCAAAAACCCCCGACAAUUUACGCAGCAUCCUCUCAGCAUGAAUUUCAGGGGCCUGGACAACUGGCAGGACCGCGUGGACUUGAUAUGGUACAUAAAGGCUGCCUGCGAAGACAAAGCAAAAGAGCUGAAGGAGGG